AUGGACACCAGAGAGGGCUCCAUGUGCACAACAGUCCAUUCAGUGUACACGGGGGAGACUGUCCUGCGGUUGCAAACGGCAGGCGAUGGGCACAGUCAGAGGGUCCCCCUCGCCAGACCCACAGCUGUGGAUGGGUACAACAAGUACAUGGGAGGGGUGGACACCUCUAACCAGAUGUUGGGCACCAACUCUGUCCACAGGAGGACCAGAAGAUGUCCUAUGACUGUGUUUCAGCACCUGGUGGCCAUGGCUGCAACAAACAGCUAUAUGCUCCCCAAGAAAUCAGCCAGACACAGCAGAGGAAGCCCAUGA